CAGACACAGAGAGCACUGUAGUUUACAGUCCGGUCUUCUAGCCCUAGCAAAGACCGUUUCUUGGAGCUAGGUGCGAGCAUGAAACUACUUGUCCAUUUACUCAAGAGAUACAUCUACAGCGGCAGACUGACGUUAUCGUUGGGUUGUAACGGACAACGACUGACCUUGGCCACAAUGCCUAAAAGCAACACGUUACCACUGCCUGAAAAGACACUGAUUGGCAUCUGUCAGAUGACUAGCACAGCUGACAAAAAAGCCAACCUUGCAACAUGCACAUCCCUGGUAGAAUCUGCAGCAAAGAAAGGUGCACAGAUGGUUUAUCUGCCCGAAUGCUCAGAUUAUCUUUGCGAGGCCAAGAGUGACACUAUAAGUCAAGCUGAAUCAUUAGAUGGAGACACUGUCGCUCACUUUAUGAAUCUGGCCAAAGAACACAAUGUUUGGUUGUCUGUGGGAGGCAUUCAUGAAAAGGGAUCAUCGGCUGAUGCAGAUAGGGUCUACAUCACUCACCUCAUCAUCAAUAGCAGCGGCCAUGUUGUCUCUGUCUAUCGCAAGCUGCACCUGUUCAGUGUGGACAUCAAGGGAGGUGUUAGACUACGAGAAUCUGACGUUGCUAUCCCCGGAAAGGACAUCCUGCUCCCUGUUCAAACUCCCGUCGGAAAAGUCGGCAUGGCAAUUUGCUAUGAUCUUCGCUUCCCAGAGAUGUCGCUCAUCCUGAGGAGCAUGGGUGCAGAUGUUUUAACAUAUCCCUCUGCAUUCACUCUGACGACAGGCAUGGCACACUGGGAGGUGCUACUGCGUGCGCGAGCAAUAGAAACACAGUGCUACGUCGUGGCGGCAGCGCAGAUGGGCAGACAUGGCAAGAAAAGAGCCAGCUACGGCCAUGCCAUGGUGGUGGAUCCAUGGGGCUGUGUGGUCAGCUGCUGUCAUGAGGGCACGGGCAUAGCCAUCGCAGAAAUCGACCAGGGUUACAUUCGGCAGGUGCGCGAGAUGAUUCCGGUGAUGGAGCACAGACGCACCGACCUGUACGGGGUGCUGACUGCCAACAGCAGUCCAGAUGGAGACAGGGAAGUGUACAUGUUUGGCACUCAUCCGAUCAACGCCUCACACGUGUUCUACAGAAGCACACACAGCUUUGCCUUCGUCAACAGAAAACCUGUCGUGCCAGGACAUGUGUUGGUGGCACCACUGAGGGCGGCAGAGAAGUUUCGGGACCUGACGUCAGCGGAAGUGUGCGACAUGUUUAGCGCUGCACAAACAAUAGAACGGCAACUCUCCAACCACCACUCCGCGACGUCGGCUACGAUUGCAGUGCAGGAUGGCGCAGAUGCGGGACAGACGGUGAAUCACGUGCACGUGCACAUCCUGCCACGCAAGCCGGGCGACUUCCAACACAACGAUGACAUCUACGAGAAGUUGGAAAAUCAUGAUAAAAGAGAGAAUCAGGAACAUCGAUGGAGAACAGACAGUGACAUGGCAGCAGAAGCGAGUGUGUUGCGUGACCUGUUUGCCUGUAAAGCUUCUACAUAACACAGUUGCUCACAGUUCUUAGGCAAUGCCUUCAUAUGGGUAACAUCCCGGUUGGCCUACUCCCAUUUCGUCUACUCUGAGAAUGGGUAAUAUUCCCAUUUCGUCUACUCUCAGAAUGGGUAAUAUUCCCAUUUCGCCUACUCUGAGAAUGGGUAAUAGUACCAUUUCGUCGUAGUAAUGAUAUUACAAUAAAUACCAGGAGAAAUUAGUGUGGAUGCCACUCCGUCUAGUCUAUGUAUGCUAAUCAAAACCAUAUAUAUGACAUGCGAAGAGUAAGUGUCGG